GGAAAACCGUGGUGAUUAAUCGUUGGAUCAGCGCAGCGGCGCACGGAGGAGAGAGUCCGAAACUUCCUAAUGCCACGAGAUUCAAGCCGUUUGAAGAGCCGUCAGAACAGGGGCACUUAAGCUUGGUUCAAGAGCUGUUCAAGAGCUGUCAUUUUGUUUUUCGGAGUAUUUUACUGAUAUGGGGUUACGGAAGUGCUGCUGUUCGGUCGGCUGCGUGUAUGUGAUCGGUGUGGUUGGGGCACUGCUGGUGGUGCUGGGAGGUGCUCUAGUCGUUGUGGUGGAUAUAUUUAUUGAAAGCACAGUCAAAUCGGACACCAUUCUAGUGGAAGGAACCAUUGCGUAUGACACAUGGAAGGAGACACCAACGCCAGUCUACAUGCAAUACUACAUGUGGAACCUGACCAAUAGGGAAGAAUUCCUGAACGGAGGGAUACCUGUGUUUAAGGACGUUGGCCCCUACACCUACAGAGAAAUAAGGAGGAAGACAAAUAUAAGUUUCGACGACGAUGAAGGGACAGUCAAGUUCAAGAACUACAAAGCUUACAUCUUCGAUCGGGAGAAAUCAGUCGGGCCUGACACCGACACGUUCACCACGGUCGACCUGCUAGCAUUCACAUUUGGUAAUUUAGGAAGAUACUCUGAUCUGAUUCGGUAUCUGCAGAAGAUGAUGCAUGGAGCAACUGCUUCAAAUAUCAUUGUGGACGUAACCGUUGAUGGUUUUCUAUGGGGCUACCCUCAGCCAUACUUGCAGUUUUUAAAGGACUUCACAGGCCUCCCAUUGCCAACUGACUAUGGUGUUUUCUAUGGCGACAAUGACACAACUUACGAGGAAUGGGUUGUGUACACAGGUCAGAAAGACGUGUCAACAGUCAACCAGAUUAAAAGCUGGAGUAAUGGGUCUUCACUUUCUUACUGGAGUAACGAAUAUGCAAACAUGAUCAACGGUACAGAUGGUCAAGCAUUCCAACCAUUCAUUACCAAGGAUGAUGCCCUUUACAUCUAUGUACCAGAUAUAUGCAGAGCUGGUGUAAUUGAGUACACAGGCCCUAAUGAGCUAGAGGGUAUUCCGACCGGUAAAUUCUCUGCCCCUGCCUUCCAGUAUGCAAGCGCGGAAGAAUAUCCAGACAACAUAGGUUUCUGUACGCCUGAUGAGAGUGGCUGUACACCUACUGGAUUGCUAAAUGCUACAAACUGUAAAGGUGCUCCUAUCUUCUAUUCUUCACCUCAUUUUCUAUAUGGGAGCCAGAAAUUACAGAGCAGUGUGAAGGGUAUGAAUCCUAUACAAGAACAACAUAAAGUGGACUUUGACGUCGAAAUGCUUACAGGAGUUUCAAUGCAAGUUUCAAAUCGACUACAAGUCAACCUUAAAGUGGAGCCACACAGACAGCUUAGGGAAUCCCUCAACAUCCGCACAACGUACUUUCCGUAUUUCUGGCUCAAUGAGAGUUCUGUACUAGACGAACCCACGGCCGACCUCUUCAAGGAUGAUGUGCAGUUUUAUCUCUUAAUAGCCGACUGCAUCAUGACAUUUGUCUUCUCAGUAGGAGCUGGGAUGUUUGUAGGCUCCCUCAUUAUUGCCAUCAUGAGAACGUGCAGAGCCAAAAAGGCUACGUAAAUAUAUAGGAAUUGAGGCGCUUUUUCAAGAUAGGAAGCAAGAACCAACAGCAGUUCACAAAGACCGGAAUG